AUGUCAAAACGCAAACACGACGAGAUCAGCAGCUCCGAAGUCAGCAACAGUGGCACAACAGCCAAAGCGCUGCGUCUACAGCGACUGCAACUCGACGGUCUGCUCGACCAGAGCAAAAGGUCACUCUUUCGAUCACUAAAAGUAGCCCGAGGAUUCGAGCGUCAGAAGCUGGGACGGCGGCAGAAGACCGCCAAAACAGAGGGCAAUGCCACAGACACAGCGCGCUUGGAAGCCGAGGUGGCUGCUUUGAAGAACCUGGAUUUGGUUUCUACGGCGGAAAUACAUCUUUACAAAUCGUUGCUGAAGAUCAAGUCGAUAGCCUCUGCGCCUGCGUUCCCACACCAUGUGCAAGUUACGAUCGACAACUCGAAGAAGCCGCAAGAGACGGCUAGUGCCAAUGUGCAGGCGAGAUUGUUCAAGUCAGGCCCUGUGCAGGCUGCUAUGACGGAGGCGCUGAAAGGCAUUCGAGCUGUGCUCGGUAUUGAAGAGCUCGGGCCAGAUAGCAAGAAACGACUUCGGGCCAAGGAUUACGUGAAUGGCUCUCAGGCUAAUGAUACGAAUGGGCCUGCGGUCCCGAAAAGAGAGGGAUCAAUUCUGUCAAUUACCGGUGCUCAAAAUGAGGACGAGUGGAGUGGCUUCUCCUCUCCCGAGAGCUUGGAAAUAGAAGAGGACCAUGGUUUUCAGGAUGAUGAUGAGAAGGAUGUCGACUUUGAUAUGUACACUUCACGGCUUGCCGGAUCAUCGGACGAGGACUUGGGCGAGGAAGAUGUUGAAAACCAGGACCACGAUCGCGACAAAUUGGACGACAUGAGUAUCACAGAGGAGGAGGAUCCAACAGAAGCGGAAGAAUCUUCGGACGAAGACGACGACGCCCCAGAAGACGAACACCCCACAGCCAUCAAUCCGCCUCUCAAACCCAAACACGCCAGACCCGCCACCGCCCCUCCAAUCUCAACAACUUUCCUCCCUUCCCUCUCCCUCGGUGGCUACUGGUCCGGCAGCGACUCCGCCUCCUCCGACAACGACUCCUCCGCCGCCAACAUAGAAGUACGCAAGAACAGAAUGGGCCAACAGGCACGACGAGCAUUAUGGGAAAAGAAGUUCGGCAAGAACGCCAACCAUGUGAAGAAACAGGCGCAGGAUAGGGAUCAAGGGUGGGAUGCCAGAAAGGGUGCGCAGGGGUUGGAUGAGAGGGGAAAGAGGGGGAGAGGGAGGGGUGGGUUUGGAAGGGGGUUAGAUGCUGCUGGGAGGGGAGGUAGCAGGGGUGGUGGGAGGUUCGCUAAGAGUACGGGUGCUAACAGCGAUCCGAUCGUGGCCAGGAAAGCAAAGCCAUCUGCUGCGGCUGCUGCUGCUGAAGGCCCCUUGCAUCCAUCAUGGGAGGCGGCGAGGAAGGCCAAGGAACAGAAGAAGGCGGUGCCGUUCCAGGGGAAGAAGGUCGUAUUUGACUGA